GCUCUGGAAGCGGUGUUGGGUUCCUCCGGGGCGGCCGGUAGGACCCGCCGUGUGCCGAAACGCGGCGGGUGUGCCCGAGCCUCCUUUAGCAUGUGUUUCUUGUCUCUCGUUUAGGAUCUGUGGUUGCCUAUUUUAUGUCUGCAAAGUUUCUUCUUUAUCUUGGACAUGCGCUGUCCACUUGGGGAGAUCGUAUGUGGCAUUUUGCUGUGUCUGUAUUCCUGGUUGAACUUUAUGGAAACAGCUUACUCCUGACUGCAGUUUAUGGACUGGUUGUGGCGGGAUCAGUUCUUCUCCUGGGAGCCAUUAUUGGAGACUGGGUGGACAAGAACUCCAGGCUCAAAGUGGCCCAGACAUCCUUGGUUGUACAGAAUGCAUCUGUAAUCCUGUGUGGUAUUAUUCUGAUGAUUAUCUUCUUGUUUAAGACACAGCUUUUGACCUUAUAUCAUGGAUGGCUUCUUACGAUGUGCUAUAUCCUGGUUAUCACUAUAGCAAAUAUUGCCAAUUUGGCCAGCACUGCCACAGCGAUCACAAUUCAGAGGGACUGGAUUGUUGUGGUUGCAGGGGAAGACAGAAGCAAACUGGCAGAUAUGAAUGCCACAAUAAGAAGAAUUGAUCAGUUGACCAAUAUCUUGGCCCCAAUGGCAGUUGGUCAGAUAAUGACAUUUGGCUCCCCGAUGAUUGGCUGUGGAUUCAUUUCUGGCUGGAACCUGAUGUCGAUGUGUGUGGAAUAUCUGCUGCUCUGGAAGGUUUAUCAGAAAACCCCUACUCUGGCUCUCAAAUGUGCAAAAGUUGAGGAAUCGGAACUGAAACAGCUGAAUGUAAAGAAAGAGAGUGAUGUGAAACCUGCUGAAGGAGUGCAGUUAAUUGUUGAGAAAGAUGUAACUGGCUUUGAGCCCCAACAGGAGAAGGAAAUCAGCUGUGCUGCCCGGAUUGCUGAACCUUUCAUCACGUUUCGUGAUGGAUGGGUUGCAUACUACAACCAGCCAGUGUUUCUUGCAGGCAUGGGUCUUGCAUUUCUGUAUAUGACUGUUCUGGGCUUUGAUUGUAUUACUACAGGCUAUGCAUACACUCAGGGUUUGAGUGGCUCUGUGCUAAGCCUCCUGAUGGGUGCCUCGGCAGUCACUGGAAUUAUGGGGACAGUAGCUUUCACUUGGCUUCGUCGCAAAUGUGGCCUGAUUCGCACGGGCCUUAUUUCUGGAAUUGCUCAAUUUGCUUGUCUGGUCUUAUGUGCCAUCUCUGUAUUCAUGCCUGGAAGUCCUCUGGAUUUGACUGUUUCCCCAUUUGCUGACAUCAGUGCCAGGCUGUUUGAAAGUGAACCAUUACCUACUAUAGCAUCUCCAGAAGAUAAGCCUGAAAUGGUUUUAGUAACUGGAAUGCCCAACUUGUUAAACGGGUCUACUACUCCUGCUGACAGCGACCCAGAGAUGAGUCCUGAGCCUGUGCCUUUAAUCUCUGUUAGUCUCCUGUUUGCAGGAGUCAUUGCUGCUAGAGUUGGCCUUUGGUCCUUUGAUUUGACUGUCACACAGUUGCUCCAAGAAAAUGUGGUAGAAUCUGAAAGAGGCAUCAUAAACGGUGUCCAAAACUCCAUGAAUUAUCUUCUUGAUUUGCUGCACUUCAUCAUGGUCAUCUUGGCCCCGAACCCUGAAGCUUUUGGCUUAUUGGUGCUUAUUUCUGUAUCUUUUGUUGCAAUGGGCCACAUAAUGUACUUCAGAUUUGCCCAAAAAAGCUUGGGAAAACAACUUUUUGUUUGUUGCACUCCUGAUCCCAAAGCAGUCUCUGACAGUUCACCACCUGGUAAUACAUCUACUGUCUGAAAGGAUCCAUUUCUCUUACUAACUUGCUACCCAGAUGUCACAGUUAAACACAUAUGCUGCCUUUUGUGACCCUGUCUAAGGUGUUUCUCUAGAGUUGAAUGCAUAACUUAGCUGUCUGAGGAAGCUGUCCCAAGAGACCUAAAAUUCACCUUACAGUGACCCUGUAAAAAUGUUUCAUGUUUGGCAGAGAACAAUGUAGUUGGAUCUUGGCAGGUGGUGUUUCAAAGGAUCCCCACAAGUCAUGCAUCUAGUAUUUGAUCACAAAAAUAAUGUUGAAUUUCUGUCACUGACUCCCACAGUGAUACUGUUUAGUGGUUGUACAUACUCAAUUUGUUCAUGAAUUCUAAACAAUUCUUGUGCUCAUUGAGCAAAAUGAAAGGGUUUUUUUAGUUGCUUCAAAGUAACUUGAAACACAGUAUUUGGUUUUGUGGGUUUUUUCUCUUUUUUUUCCCUUACCAUAAAGAGUUCUGCUCCCCUAUCUGCUCAAAUUGGUAUAAAUGUCCUUCUUGGGUUCCUUAAGCAGACUCUUAAGUUCCAAUGUUUUCUCAAAAUAUCUUUUUAGUAUUCUGUCUGUUUUGGUUUAACUUUACAGAAACGCCUUUGUAGUUUUUUUUGCAUGUUUCCUUACAAAUUAGACAAGUGCUAGGUACAAGAUAUGUAUUACACUUUUUUUGCACUUCAUAAAGUAAAACAUAGCCUCAUUUUAGCAGAAGCUAUUGAUGUAACAUUAUAAAGCAUGGCUUUUUUAAUUGCAAAUGACAGGUCUGUUCAGGUUUGAUGUAGCAGAAAGUGCUAAGGUCAGGAGUACUGGUACAGAAAGAUAAAGUCUAGGGCUAACUUAGUUUUUGCCUCAGAGUACAAGCAGCUUUAUUUUUGAAUGCUAUUGUUUUCAGAAACCCUAUUAAAGCCUGAUGUAUUAGAAAACUAUUAGUAUGCCACACAAAAGAAGUUAAAAAGUGGAUACUCGCAUUUAUCUGAUUUACAUGUAGGUGAAUUUUGACUUAGUUUGUUCUAAAAUACCACUAAAACAAGGAGAUGUUGGACUGUGUGGCCCUCCUAAGCAACUUCAGAGCAAUGAAGAAUGAUAUAUCCCUCUGAUUUUCAAGAAUUUCUUGCUUUUUUUUAAUCCUGCACAUGUACUAACACAGUACUUCCAUAGUCAUUAUCCGUAUGUGCACUUUUGUGGAAACUACUCUAUGUACUUUGCUUUCUCAGUAGUGUUGAACCUGGUAGUGUUCUGAGUUUUCCUAUGGCAUGACAGUAUGACUUCUAAACUUAAAUCUUUGUAAAAUAUUUUGCUUUCAAAAUAAGUAGUAUGCAAAAACAUAUGUCAGCAACUUGUGAAAAGUAUCCUCUGUAACUUUUAAGGUUUUGUUAUUUUAGGUACUGUCCUUCACACAGUCAUCUGUGUUGCCAGACUUCAACCCUGCAAUGUAAGUGUGUGAACUCCAUUGACAUUAAAGGUGUUACAUCAGGGCUGAAUCUAGGCCAUUCAUCUGAAAAUUUGUAAUGAUGAAGUUAUAUAUCAAACUAAAUAGAAUGUAAAAAACCUCUAGUGGCUUUUGUCUCAGAUACAGUAUUUUGUAAAAGGAGUGAAAGUGAAUGAAUGGGAAUCCAGUGUACAACCAAUGUACUUGUAGCCCUCAGUGUUCAAUAACUGGAUGUAACAAUUUUUCUCCUCUAAUGGACCAAAUCAUUACUGCUAUGUUACUGAAAGUUUCUCAGGGAUGUUUUCACUAGGUUUAUAAGUGUUUAUACUUUUGACCAAGCUUUUGGGUUUUGUUUUGAUAUAAUGAAGUAAAAUAUGUAAAUUAGAGUAGUUUUAAAAUUUGUGACUCGGUCCUGAGUAUAACUUCUUAAGGAAAAGGGAAUUUUGCCAUCAGCAGAAUUCAAAAGUCAGAAGGCAAAUAAAACAAGCUUAUCUAGAUUUGUAGAAUAAAUAUGCCCAAACGAUAGCCUAUACAGCAUGUGAUACAUACACUAGACAAUAAAAUACCUCUGAUUUGCCAAAUAUGUUUUCUCAUGGGUAUCUAAUCUAAAUUGGGACCAGAUUUUAAUAUUGCUGACUAUAAAUAAAGGUAGCCCAAAUGUCAGUGAAUGCCUCUAUACUGCACUUUGAUGAACAUCUGAAUGCCACUGUGUAUAUUGGACUCACUGGCCAUUAGGGAAACAAAGCUGAAAAUGCAGCUUCCUGUGGGCUGUCUAUGGCCUACAGAACCCAGUGUGCCUAAAGCUUAAUGUUGUAGCACUAAGCACCACACAUCCCAGAGAGGAUGUACUCCUGAAGUCUAGAGAGCUCCAAAAACAUAACAAAUAAGAGCUGGGAGCAUACCAUGUUCCCAAAGUCUUUUUUUUUUU